ACCACCUUGAUCAACUAGCUAGCUCUUGUUCUAUACUUGUAGUAGUGCUUGAGCUUGAGCUUGAGCUUGAGCUAGUUGGUCCAAUGGCUUCUUCCAAGUCUUCAGUAUCCAUUUGUGCUCUCUUCCUCAUCUUCAACCUUCUCUUCUUCACCUUUGGGACUUCUCAGACGAUCCCUGUGGUUAUUCCUGCAUCACCACCAGCUAACCUAGCCCCUGGUAAUGAUGGUCAAUGCCCUCAGCUUGAUGAAUGUAUUCCUGAUGGUCCGCUCGAUGACCUUAACAAUGGUACCUCAGCUUGCUGCUCACUCAUUGAUCCUUUGAUUGGCCUCGAAGCUGCAACGUGUCUAUGCAUUAUAAUUAAAGCCUUGGGAAUAUUCAACGUCAGCGACCUCGACCGUGCCGUUAGGACGAUCCUCAAGUCCUGUAGAAAGGAUGUUCCUGUGGGGUUCCAGUGCGCACCUAAUUAAACGCCAAACAAGUCAGUGAUGAUGACGCUGGGUCACCAGUUUCUGCUUAAGAUAUUGAUACAAUAAAAAAAAAAAAGAGCUGAGAAAGAUCGAAUAUUAAGUAAUAAGAUAAUAAUAGAUAGUGAUUCUCUGCCUGGGAGAUUGUGAAGGCUUUCGUGGUCCUCCUGACUGGUGGUUCGUGUUUUGUUUUGUUUUGCGUGGUCUCCUGAGUGUUUUGUAGCCAUUUUUUGUGGUUUGUUUCUCUCUUAUUUUUCUGUAUCUCUGUUCUCACUACCGCCAUUUCUUGUGGUUUGUUUCCCUCUUAUUUUUCUGUAUCUUUGUUCUCACUAUCGUGUAGUGAGGUGUUGUUAUCGGUUUCUUUCUUUUAAUUAAUAAUGGUUUAUCCA